GCGUGUGUAUAGUGCAACGAUUGAGUGAGUUCUGUACUACUGUAUCUAUAGUGAAGAGAGGGCCCCAAGUUGGCUCGACGUGCUUGAUGGCUGGUCUUAUGAAGAAAUUGAUUGGAGGUCGUCGUGCAAACACGCGAACGGGUGAUACAGAGUUUGACCGUUCAGUGACGAAAUUCCGUCAAGUAGAAGGUCUGAGUAAGAGAGUUUAUAAAGACACGAAAAGAUGCACAGAGGCAAUCUCAUCGGCUUGUAAAGCUGCUCAGAAACUGGGAAACGAUCUGGCCAAUAGUUCAGUGGUGGAACAGACGGACUUGAAAGAAACGGCUGAGGAUUUUAGAGACACAAUGACAGAGAUGUCAAAAUUGGCUGCUCAGUUGCACAGCCACGAACAAAAGACAGUCAUUGAGCCGAUGAAGAAAUUCUCACAGGUAUGUCCGAGUGUGGACAGGGCAGUUCGCAAACGAGACCAGAAGAUGGCCGAAUGUGAAAAGCUGCAGGCAAAAGUGGACAAAUUGAAAGAGAAAUCGCCUCAACAGACGUCGAAAUUGGAAUCAACUCAACGUGAGUUGGCAAGAUGCAAACCGGAAUUUGAGCGAAUCAACUCACAGCUUACCCAGGAAAUACCAUUUCUGUAUGAAAGAAGGAUAGACUAUUUUGAGCCUUGCUUUGAGGCUCUUAUUAAAAGUGAAAUGCAAUAUUAUCAACAGUGUUAUUGUCUGCUGAAUGAUUUAGAAGAGAAAAUGCAUAGUGAUGAUGAAGACAUGAGUGAUGAUGCAGUAGAGAAACGUAUUCAACAGCAGUUGGGUGCAAUAAAGGCAUUGUCUAUAGUUGCAAGCAAUUAGAAAUGUUUUGUUAUUAGUUUUAUACUUGCGCAGAGACAUUGCUUUGAAAUCUACUGGAGACUAUAUUUUAGUUAGUUGGUGGUCUUGAUCCAGACCUGCUGAUUUUAGUAUUUAUCGUAUUGACUCGGUGUAGAUACAAAUGUGUUGAUAUAAUUAUUAUAUCAUUAUGUUUACUGUCCGUAUACAUUGUAUGGGAGUA